UAGACAUAUAGAACCAAUUUUUGUUCUUAUCAUCCAAAGAAGGUCAUCUUCACUUGACUUUGUAUCAAGACUAGUUUUAUCUUAAUUUAUCCUUCUGUGAUUUAUUAAUUAAUUCAAUCAAUUAAAUUUAAAAAUGAGUUUAUUAAGACGUGGUGUGGUUCUUGCCAACCGUAUCACCCCUAUGAUUCAAAGUCAUAGAGGUUUGGAGCUGAGCGAGCCCAUGGUUGGAUCACUAGCUGAUAAAAGCCAGCAAAAAAGGUAUGCUUCUCAAUCAUCCGGUUCCGUUAAAAACGGCAAAAUAGUUGCUGUUAUCGGUGCUGUUGUAGAUGUACAGUUUGAUGAUGGAUUACCACCUAUCCUCAAUGCUUUGGAGGUUGAGAAUCGUAAACCCAGGCUGGUUCUUGAAGUUGCUCAGCACUUGGGUGAAGGUGCAGUGAGAACCAUUGCCAUGGAUGGUACAGAAGGUUUAGUUAGAGGUCAAUCAGUUUUGGAUACUGGUGCACCCAUUACCAUCCCUGUAGGGCCUGAGACCUUGGGCAGAAUUAUGAAUGUCAUUGGAGAACCCAUCGAUGAAAGGGGCCCAAUCAAUACUGAUAAAUUUUUAGGUAUUCAUCAAGAUGCUCCUGCAUAUACUGAAAUGAGUGUCGAGCAAGAAAUUCUGGUAACCGGUAUUAAAGUCGUCGAUCUUUUGGCUCCUUACUCUAAAGGAGGUAAAAUUGGUCUUUUCGGCGGUGCUGGUGUCGGUAAAACUGUAUUGAUUAUGGAACUUAUCAACAACGUUGCUAAGGCCCAUGGUGGUUACUCUGUAUUUGCUGGUGUCGGAGAAAGAACUCGAGAAGGUAACGAUUUGUACCACGAAAUGAUUGAAGGUGGUGUCAUCAGUCUUAAAGACAAAUCAUCAAAGGUCGCCCUUGUAUACGGUCAAAUGAACGAACCUCCCGGAGCUCGUGCUCGAGUCGCUUUGACUGGUCUUACAGUUGCUGAAUAUUUCCGAGAUCAAGAAGGUCAAGAUGUGCUUCUUUUCAUUGAUAACAUUUUCAGAUUCACUCAAGCCGGUUCAGAAGUAUCUGCUUUGUUAGGUCGUAUUCCAUCAGCUGUCGGUUAUCAACCAACUCUCGCUACUGACAUGGGUUCUAUGCAGGAACGAAUUACAACCACUAAAAAGGGAUCAAUUACUUCAGUACAAGCUAUCUAUGUACCAGCUGAUGACUUGACUGAUCCUGCUCCUGCCACCACUUUCGCUCACUUGGACGCCACCACUGUACUUUCUCGAGGUAUUGCUGAAUUGGGUAUCUACCCUGCUGUCGAUCCUCUCGAUUCAACCUCACGUAUCAUGGACCCAAAUAUCGUCGGAGAUGAACAUUAUGGAGUUGCUCGAGGUGUCCAAAAGAUCCUUCAGGAUUACAAAUCUCUUCAAGAUAUUAUUGCCAUUUUAGGUAUGGACGAAUUGAGCGAAGAAGAUAAAUUGACUGUGUCAAGAGCUCGUAAAAUCCAGCGAUUCCUCUCACAACCUUUCCAGGUCGCUGAAGUUUUCACCGGUCAAGCCGGAAAAUUUGUACCAUUAGCAGAGACAAUUAAGGGCUUCAAGGCUAUUCUUGCUGGAGAAUAUGAUCAUCUUCCUGAAGUUGCAUUCUACAUGGUUGGCCCAAUCGAAGAAGUUGUAGAGAAAGCACAAAAACUUGCUUCUGAGGCUAAUUAAGAUCAUCCACUAGUUAAGUUAAAUUCCUGAAAGAUUUUAAUUGAAAAGAAACUCAUUAAUAAAUCAGAUGGUAUACAUAAGAUCUAAAUCAACCAAACUGAUUGUACUCCUAUUGAGAUAAAACUAGGGUCUCUUGGAAGUUGUUCAUAUAAGUCUUUAAAAAUAAAACGAUUGUUUCUUUUAA